AUGGAGCUCUCCGAGGUGCGCUGCCUGAGCGACAGCGACGAGUUGUACACCAUCAACCAGACGCCCCCUAGUGGCGGGGCCCGUUCCCAGCGCCUGCUGUGGCAGACGGCCGUGCGCCACAUCACGGAGCAGCGCUUCAUCCAGGAGCACGUCAAGGGGCUGGGCUCGGAGGAGGCCUGCUGCCCCAACCACUCUCACCACCCUCGGCGCCAGUCGGCGGGCAAGGGCCUCAGCGGCCACAACAACGGGGGCACCAAGGUCUUCCCGGAGCGCGCCAGCAGCAGCGGGGACCUGGGCUUCCUGCACCUGGAGUGCGCUCCCAGCAACUCGGACUUCUUCCUCAACUGGGGCUACACCUACCGGGGGGUGAUCUUCCCCACCCUGCGCAACUCCUUCAAGUCGCGGGACCUGGAGCGCCUCUACCAGCGCUACUUCCUGGGCCAGCGGCGCAAGUCGGAGGUGGUGGUGAAUGUCCUGGACGUGCUGACCAAGCUGACCCUCCUCCUGCUCCACCUCACCUUGGCCUUGGCCCCCAUGGACCCCGUCAAGGGCAUCCUCCUGGGCUUCUUCACGGGCAUCGAGGUGGUCAUCUGUGCCUUAGUGGUGGUCAGGAAGGACACGACCUCUUACACCUAUCUCCAGUACAGCGGCGUGGUCACCUGGGUGGCCAUGGCCACCCAGAUCCUGGCUGCCGGCCUGGGCUGCGGCCUCCUGGGGGACGGCAUUGGCUACGUGCUCUUCACCCUCUUUGUCACCUACAGCAUGCUGCCUCUGCCCCUCACCUGGGCCAUCUUGGCCGGAUUGGUCACCUCCCUCCUGCAGCUCGUCAUGCAGAUCGUCAUCCCCCGGCUGGCUGUGAUCUCCAUCAACCAGAUAGCAGCUCAAGCGGUUAUAUUUAUGUGCAUGAACACCGCUGGAAUCUUCAUUAGCUACCUAUCAGACCGAGCCCAGCGCCAAGCCUUCCUAGAGACCCGAAGAUGUGUGGAAGCUCGGCUGAGGCUGGAAACCGAAAACCAGAGACAGGAGCGGCUGGUUCUUUCCGUGUUACCUCGAUUCGUCGUGCUCGAAAUGAUUAACGACAUGACGAACGUGGAGGAUGAGCACUUGCAGCAUCAGUUCCACAAGAUCUAUAUUCACCGCUACGAGAAUGUCAGUAUUCUUUUUGCAGAUGUGAAAGGAUUCACUAACCUCUCCACGACAUUAUCGGCCCAGGAGUUGGUCCGGAUGCUGAACGAACUCUUUGCCAGAUUUGAUCGCCUUGCGCACGAACAUCACUGCCUUAGAAUUAAGAUCUUGGGGGACUGCUACUACUGUGUUUCUGGCCUCCCAGAGCCUCGCCAAGACCAUGCUCAUUGUUGUGUCGAAAUGGGACUCAGCAUGAUCAAAACAAUCAGAUAUGUUAGAUCCCAGACAAAGCACGACGUGGACAUGAGGAUUGGAAUACACUCAGGGUCUGUAUUGUGCGGCGUGCUGGGCCUCCGAAAAUGGCAGUUUGACGUCUGGUCGUGGGACGUGGAUAUUGCAAACAAGCUUGAGUCAGGUGGAAUCCCUGGGAGAAUCCACAUAUCCAAGGCGACUCUGGACUGCUUGAACGGGGAUUAUAAGGUUGAGGAAGGGCACGGCAAGGAACGGAAUGAGUUUCUGAGGAAGCACAACAUCGAGACUUAUCUGAUCAAGCAGCCGGAGGAAAGCCUGUUGACCCUUCCCGAAGACAUUGUCAAAGAAUCGGUCGCCUCUUCCGACAGGCGAAGCAGUGGGGCGACCUUCACUGAAGGCUCUUGGAGCCCCGAACUCCCUUUCGACAACAUUGUGGGGAAGCAGCACACUCUGGCUGCCUUAACGAGAAAUUCAAUAAAUCUGCUUCCAAAUCAUCUUGCACAAGCUUUGCAUGUCCAGUCGGGGCCCGAGGAAAUUAACAAGCGAAUAGAGCACACCAUCGACUUGCGGAGUGGCGAUAAAUUGCGAAGAGAGCAUAUCAAGCCUUUCUCCCUGAUGUUUAAAGACUCCAGCCUGGAGCAUAAGUAUUCCCAAAUGAGGGACGAAGUGUUCAAGUCGAAUCUGGUGUGCGCAUUCAUCGUCCUUGUCUUUAUCACGGCCAUCCAAAGUUUACUUCCGUCUUCAAGGAUGAUUCCGAUGGUCAUUCAGUUCUCCAUCUUGAUUAUGCUGCAUUCGGCUCUUGUGCUAAUCACCACUGCCGAGGAUUACAAAUGUUUACCCCUCGUGCUCCGGAAAACUUGCUGCUGGAUUAACGAGACCUACUUGGCCCGCAACGUCGUCAUCUUUGCCUCUAUUAUGAUUAAUUUCCUGGGAGCCAUCAUCAAUAUUCUAUGGUGCGAUUUUGACAAACGGAUGCCCUUUGAGAAUCAGACUUUCAAUUCUUCUUCAUCUUUUACAGACAUUUGCUCCUACCCAGAGUAUUUCGUCUUCACCGGUAUCCUGGCCAUGGUGACCUGCGCCGUGUUCCUUCGUCUCAAUUCCGUCCUGAAACUGGCGGUGCUGCUCCUGAUGAUUGCCAUCUACUGCUUCCUGACGGAGACCAUCUAUGCUUCCCUCUUCCUACAAUAUGACAGCUUCAAUCACAACGGAGAGUAAGUCACAGAUUUCCUGGGGACAAAGGAAGCCUCCUUGCUUCUAAUGGCCAUGUUUCUGCUCGCUGUGUUUUAUCAUGGCCAACAGCUUGAGUACACAGCGCGGCUCGACUUCCUCUGGCGUGGCCAGGCCAAAGAAGAAAUCAACGAGAUGAAGGAGCUGCGCGAGCACAACGAGAACAUGCUGCGCAAUAUCCUGCCGAGUCACGUCGCCCGUCACUUCCUGGAAAAGGACCGUGAUAACGAAGAUCUCUACUCCCAGUCCUACGAUGCAGUGGGCGUCAUGUUUGCCUCCAUCCCCGGCUUUGCCGACUUCUACUCCCAGACAGAAAUGAACAACCAAGGAGUCGAGUGCCUGCGUCUGCUGAAUGAAAUCAUUGCCGACUUUGAUGAGUUACUAGGCGAAGAAAGAUUUCAAGACAUUGAAAAAAUUAAGACCAUCGGCAGCACAUACAUGGCAGUAUCUGGAUUAUCUCCUGAAAAGCAGCAAUGCGAAGACAAAUGGGGGCAUUUGUGUGCUCUGGCCGACUUCUCCAUCGCGCUGAACGAAAGCAUCCAAGAGAUCAACAAGCAUUCGUUUAACAACUUUGAACUCCGCAUCGGUAUCAGCCAUGGUUCUGUCGUAGCAGGUGUUAUUGGUGCUAAGAAACCCCAGUAUGACAUCUGGGGCAAAACUGUUAACUUAGCUAGCCGCAUGGACAGCACAGGUAUCAGCGGUAGAAUGCAGGUGCCCGAGGAAACAUAUCUCAUUCUGAAAGACCGGGGAUUUGCCUUUGACUACCGGGGGGAGAUCUACGUCAAGGGCAUCAGCGAGCAAGAAGGCAAAAUCAAAACCUAUUUUCUUCUGGGAAGAGAACAGCCGAACCCUUUGAUCUUGCAACCCAGGAAACUGACCGGACAGUACUCCUUAGCCGCUGUCGUCUUAGGGCUCGUGCAGUCUCUCAACAGGCAAAAACAGAAGCAGAUCCUGAAUGAGAACAACAACUCCGGGAUCAUUAAGGGACAUUACAAUCGGCGGACUUUGCUCAGUCCCGGCGGGCCCGAGUCAGUGGCCCAAGCCGAGGGCGUGGACAAGACGGAAUUGCCGUAA